UAUAAAUCAUUUUACAAAACAGUACUUGAGUUUUUAAUAGUUUGUUUUAAAAAAUCCCGAAGGUUCAGAUAUUAUCUAAUGAUGCACAUUUUCACACUUUGUUUCUGUGUUACUAGGCGCGGCUACCUACCCACACCUGCAGACAAACAGGAGUUUGAUGUCUGCCGCAAGUUACAGAUAAGUGUUAUCUACAGCGUAAACAUUGUGGACCGGUAAUGAGCCGACAGCGAGGCGAAGAAAAAAAAAAGGUCACUUUUAAAAUGUCAGUCUAUGGUAAUGUGUGUUUCGGGUUCUGACAUCAAUUUCAGAUCUGUUCUCUCUAUAUCGGGAUGCGCUUGCUCUUACACAACGCGUAUUCCUUCUGUCAUGCUUCACUUGCACAGUGAUUAGAAUCCUGACGUCAUAUAGCUUCCAAAAAUUCAGUUUAAAAUGUUAGGAAAAACUAAGACGUUCUUGUUACUAGGCUUAAUCAUCUUUUUGGUCCUAAUCUGGGGGUCAUUUGGACAGAAGAGAUGUUCAAAUACUUGUCCUGCUGGAGAAUUUCAGUAUAAAACGUGCACCUGCAGUAAAUGCCCAGGAGGUACUUUCUCCAGCUCUGAAAACCACCUGAAGGAAUGCCAGAGGUGCCACUCUCAAUGUGAAGGGGAUAAGGAAGAAGCUGAGCCGUGCACUGCCCGUUCCAACCGAAAAUGCAGAUGCAAGACGGGAUUCUAUUGUUCCAUUUUUGAUAAGGACGGAAGUUGUUCCGAAUGCAGCGUGGCGGGGGACACACCGUGCUCUGACUCUUCCAAUGGGAAAUAUCGAUGCAAACCAGGGUUUUCCAUUGAGAAGGUUACAGUGGAUGGGAUGCAUAUCACCAAAGUGAAAAAUGGACCUAUCCCUACUAAUUCCACCUCUACAGCACCUUCUGCUAUUGGACCAGAACCAGCUCCAUGUAAAACUCAAAGGGUAAUAUUUGCAUUAGGGGUCAGCCUCAUUUUAUUGAUCAAUCUUCACUGCCUGUGGGCUCUUUGCAAUAAAGGAACAAACCUUUCAUCUUAUACACAGGGCCUGUGCUAUAAGCCGGAGAAAGACCGUGGCCUACCUGGAGACGGUGCGGGGAUGGAGAGGGGAACAGACUCCGGGACAGGAGAGGAGAAACUGUCGGACGCGUCUGAGGCAUCGGAGACCACGACUGCACCGCCCAGUCACAGCCAAGGAAGCAGUGUGUGCCCGGGCCACGCCAUCAUCUUGGGGUACACCCGCGAGGGCACAGCCCCGCGGGGGAAAGGGCUCCCCGAGAUGGAGAUGCUACUCCUUACCGGUGAGCACUUCCCCCUCCCUGUGCAGGAGAACUGCGCCAGCUACUGCUUCGGUCACCCAGUAGAAGAGGUCACCCCUGCUGCCCCGGUCGACAUACUUCACACUCCGGAGUCACAAUAUUUCUGUGAGAGCAAAAUAGGCCCGCUGGUUUCAGACACCCAGUUUCUAUGUGAAUUUUCAGGGACGAGUAAUUCCGAAAGUGGCAUGGUGAGAUCAGGGGAGAAACCUACAAACACGAGUAUUACGAUAGAAAUGGCCCACACUGCCCUUCCAUAUUGAAAUAAUGAAAAUAAAAAAAAGACACGCCCUGCAUCUGGUUGCUAGCACUUCUCCUUUAAAAGAUGAAGAAGGUAAUACGACAACAUCAUUUAUGUAACCUUUUUAAAACCAAAACUAUUGAGAUGGACGUAAAUCCAUCAAUUUUCCAUCCACUUUAUCCCAUUCAGGGUUGCGGGGAGUCAGUGCUUAUCCUGACAGAAACGGGCACAAGGUGGGGAACACCCUAGACAGGACACCAGUCCAUCACAGGGCACCACAGACACACACUCGCACC